UUUCGCCCGAAAUACUACCCCAAAUAUCGACUUCCCCGUGUGAUUGCCCUGGAAUACUUCCGGAGUGUAAUUUGUUGUUGCAAGAUAUUUUGUCGCACAGGUCGGAGGACCGUCACACCACUGGAUAUCUCGAUAGAAGAAAGAAACUUCAUGCAAAACCUGCGUCAAACAUUAUAGAUGAUAAGUGCUCAGCAAACGUGAGUUUGGCAAUUAUCACUAUGCUUAUUAUCACCAUGCUUACCACAAAUGUCUCGAGCAGACAGACAACAGCUUCAAGCAGUUCCUUCUGGAUUCACAGCUUGACACUUAUUCCUUUCGGCCCAAGAUAUACCACCGAUGACUUAUCAUUAUCAGCAUGGCACAUACCCUCUCUGCAAUAUGAUGAACAUCUGAAUAUAAAUUAUUUCGAAGGCAAGUUCAUCGACUCAUCUGACAAUCGGACAGAACUAGAAUUGAUCAUGGAGGAUACGCUCCCAUAUAAAUCCGAGCUCACAAUGUUAGCGACAUUCGGCAUGUGCUCGGAAAAUGGCAACAAGUGUCAUAUAAGGCUCGCAAACUCACGUUUAUCAUCAGAUAAUCUCGUUGCUGAGAAGCAAUUUCAUCUCUCCUUUAAACAGGCAAGCUUGAUUGAGAAUGAAACCAUAAUCGAGUCGUUGGCUGAAGGUGCUCAUGUUAUGAGAGGUGUUUCAGACAGAAAUGCCUUCGGGAAUGAAGAUUCAAGAGAGUAUCGAAUGUUGCUGUCCCAGAACGAGACAUAUGAAUAUUUAGAUUCUUCGGGUAAAGAGCCUGAAGGCGGUUUCGGCCUCGCUGCUCUGGAACAGAACAUAGAUGUCUUUUGGAAAGCACGGAUUUGGAUAUCAGUAGGGUUUACUAAGUUAUCAAAUUGA